AUGAAAGACACUGCUGAGUCCUUCCUUGGUGUAGAAGUGAAAAAGGCGGUGGUGACAGUACCCGCGUAUUUCAAUGAUUCACCGCGACAGGCAACUAAAGAUGCGGGAGUCAUUGCUGGCCUCGAUGUGAUGCGUAUUAUCAACGAGCCUACAGCUGCCGCCAUUGCUUACCCUCUUGAUAAGGAUUCCAAAGCUGCAGGGGAGAAGAAUGUUCUCAUUUUUUACCUUGGAGCCGGUACUUUUGAUGUCUCCAUUCUCACCAUUGAAGAGGGUGUUUUUGAGGUCAAAGCAACUGCUGGAGAUACUCAUCUUGGAGGAGAGGAUUUCAAUAACAGAAUGGUUAGCCACUUUGUUCAAGAGUUCCAAAGAAAGCACAGCAAAGACAUCAGUGGCGAUCCGAAAGCUCUUAGGAGAUUGAGGACAGCUUGCGAGAGGGCAAAGAGGGGCCUUUCGUCAUCAACUCAGAUAAAACAUGAGGUUGAUUCCUUGUUUGAAGGGGUCGACUUUUAUGCCAACAUUACUCGCGCCAAAUUUGAGGCGAUGAACUUGGAUCUGUUCAACAGAUGCAUGGAGAUUGUCGACAAGUGUUUGACUGAUGCCAAGAUGGAUAAGACUGUUCAAGCCGCAAUAUUGGCAGGAAAUAUGGUUGAUCAAGAAGUUGUGUUGGUAGAUGUGACUCCAUUAUCUGUUGGUAUAGGAAGUUUAGGAGAAGUCUUCAACGUUGUUGUCCCGAGGAACACCACAAUCCCUACGAGGAAGGAGAGAGGAUUCACAACUGUUUAUGAUAAUCAAACUGCUGUUGAUUUUCCAGUAUAUGAAGGUGAAAGAGCAAGGUCAUCUGACAAUAAUCUGUUGGGAUCAAAGAAUCAAGUUACCAUCACCAGGGAUAAAGGAAGAUCAUCAGCUGAAGAGAUUGAGAACAUGGUGAAAGAAGCGGAGAAAUUGAACGCCGAGGAAGAGGAUCACAAACGGAAACUCGCUGCAAAGAUUUCUUUCGAGAGUUACAUCCAGAAAACAAGAAGGAAAAUCCGAAACAGGCAUGCUAUACCAUCUCCACAGAAGAAGAAGAUGGAGGAUGCAAUCGACCAAGCGAUUCAGUGA